CCCAGCGCAGUCUGAUCCGUGUUUCGUUCUCCUUGCGAUGUGGAUGCAGCUCCCUCUGCUUACUGGAUGGUGUUCCCCGUUACUGGAAGUGGAAACUUGGAUUGAACAAAGCCCAGAGGAUUACCAUUAGAGGGUUUUAGUGUUUGACGGCAGUGACUUCACCACAGGUGUGAGGGGGACUUCUGCACUUAAUCUUGGGCUGUCGCGGACGAGUAUGGAGAUGAACGGUCGCGUCCUGCCGCCGUCAAUACCGGAGGAUGGAGAAGCCCCGGAUCAUGAUCCUCAGGGGGAGAGGAACGGUUACCACCAGAGGCUCCAGGGCGGCGAAGGGGGAGAGGCUGAGGUCCCGGUCUCCAAGUCCCAGAGGCGAAAGAGUGAUGUCAAAGUCUAUAAGGAGUUUUGUGAUUUUUAUGCUCGCUUCAACAUGGCCAACGCUCUGGCCAACGCCAUGUGUGAGCGCUGCAAGAGUGGCUUUGCCCCGGCUGAGAAGAUCGUGAACAGCAACGGGGAGCUGUACCACGAGCAGUGCUUUGUGUGCGCCCAGUGUUUCCAACAGUUCCCAGAGGGACUCUUCUACGAGUUUGAAGGCAGGAAGUACUGCGAACAUGACUUCCAGAUGCUGUUUGCUCCCUGCUGCCACCAGUGUGGUGAGUUCAUCAUUGGCCGCGUGAUCAAGGCAAUGAACAACAGCUGGCACCCAGACUGUUUCUGCUGUGAUAUCUGCCAGGCUGUCCUCGCUGAUGUUGGAUUUGUUAAGAAUGCUGGAAGGCACCUGUGUCGUCCAUGUCACAACAUGGAGAAGGCUCGAGGCCUCGGAAAGUACAUCUGUCAGAAGUGCCACGCCAUUAUUGAGGAGCAGCCCCUUCUGUUCAAGAACGACCCGUACCACCCGGAUCACUUCAACUGCAACAACUGCGGUAAGGAGCUGACAGCUGAUGCCAGGGAGCUGAAGGGGGAGCUCUACUGCCUGCCCUGCCAUGACAAGAUGGGUGUCCCCAUCUGCGGGGCCUGCAGAAGACCCAUUGAGGGUCGUGUGGUUAAUGCCAUGGGCAAACAGUGGCAUGUGGAGCAUUUUGUGUGUGCUAAGUGUGAGAAGCCGUUCCUGGGACACCGUCACUACGAACGCAAGGGCCUGGCCUACUGUGAGACGCACUACAACCAGCUGUUUGGAGAUGUUUGCUACCACUGCAACCGUGUUAUUGAAGGAGACGUGGUGUCUGCCCUCAACAAGGCGUGGUGCGUCAACUGUUUUGCCUGCUCUACCUGCAACACCAAGCUCACCCUCAAGAACAAGUUUGUGGAGUUUGACAUGAAGCCGGUGUGUAAGAAGUGCUACGAGAAAUUCCCUCUGGAGCUGAAGAAGAGACUCAAGAAGUUGUCUGAAACUGUUGCCCGGAAGUAAACAGGAAAAGAGGGUAGAUGAGACCCCCCCCCCCCCCCCCCAGGUGACAUACAAGUCACAUUUCCAUAGAUGACAACCAUUUAAAGAAAGCAUUUGUGUGUUUUACAUAAUUGGUAUGUUAAAUGUAAUUUAGGUGGAAAAGUGACUUUAUAUUUUCAGUUACAGAGGGUGUUUUCAUGAUCUUGAAACUGACGGAUGGGCCAACAGGCAGAUUGUUGGUCAGUGAGUCGGCUGGUUUGAAAUUAACCUGUUCAGUGCCUUUCGGGUCAAAUGCUGCACUGAAUGUUUUUCACACGCUUGCCUUAUAUGCAUUAAAAGUAAACAUAGAUGAUUAUGGUCCUGUAUUUCAAAAUGAGCUUUAAACUUGUCCAAUGAUGCCUAGCCACGUGUCCUCUGUUUUUUUUAUGUUGCUGUUACUCUUGUAUAAUAAUGCAUUAAACCCAAAGUUGAGCAAAAUACAGUUUUAAUAAAUAUUGAUAGAGGGCCUCUCAUGUUUUCUGUUUUUCACUAACAUGGAUUAUUGUGUUUUUUAUGUGUGUGUGUGUGUUCUAUAAAGUAAAAAAGAUUGGGGGGGAUUUACAGUUUGACAUACUGUAGCCUCCUUAAUGCAGUAUGUUGGAUUGCUUAAACUGCAAUGCAUUUUAUGUGUGAAACUAUCUCUAUAUCAAGUGGUAUUAACACAGAGUUACCAGUGUAUUAGGUUCACUUGUAUUAUCUAAUAUAAUCUAAUACAACAGCCAAAAUAAACCCUAAGUUUAUACUGUUGAAUUUUUGUUGUAUCUACUCUCACAGUAAUAAAUACAUGAUAGUGACUGGAUAUUAGAAAAAACCCUCUGACACACAGUCAUCAAAGACUGAACUUAAUAAGGUUCACAGUGACAGGAUUUAUUGCAGGGCAACUGAUAGCCGUGUGUCUUGCGACAUGAUGGCUGGUGGCAUGUGCAGAGACUGAAUGUGGUAGUGUUGGAUGUUAACAUUUGUCUCUACUGUUUGUAAUCCAAAGAAAAUGACCCUCCUUCGAGGGGUAUACCGACUUCCUCAGGGCUUGGAUCCUCUUAGAAAGAAAGCCAAAUGUUGCAAUUGGGGAAAGAAUAGUUUCACUUGAACAGUAUUUUAAUCAUAGAAUGCUUAUCUUUUACAUAGUAGUUUAAUAGGAAAACACAUUCCACUAUUUUAUAGUAUAUUCUUACUGUUUCACUGCUUGUGCCACAUAAUUUGUCAUGUAAAAGUAGAGCUCUCUUCUGAACUUCAGCUCCACUAAAAUUGGUCCGCUGGCUUGUUUUAUUUGACAGACACUGCUCUUAUAAUGUAUUUUAUCUUUGCUUGUGAUAUUUAUUCAUGUCAACACACAAAAGUGCAUGUACUAGACUUGAAUUGAAAGCUAUUCUCAAUGUAUCUAAGGUAAUUCUGUCAGCUCAUCUGAAUAAAAAUUGUGCGUCAAUGAUA